CCCCCACGUCUUUUCUCUACGGCGGCUUAGCGAGGACAUACUUCCGGGUCGAAGGAUUUGCUUCCGGAGAGCGGGAAGGCUGAAACGCGGUGGCUAAGCUGGAGCCGAGACUGCAAGGCUCUCGGUGGGGCAGGCUGUAGCCAUGGACAGGUAACACUGGGGCUGAAAGAGGAUAAGGAACUGGGUCAAGGUUAGGAAGCUAGUAAAUAGAAGAACCAAGUUGCCAGCCUGGCUGUGUGUCUGCAGACUGCAGGAGGCUGUUUGAUGAGUAAGCAAGUGUUCACCAGGUGGGCCAAGGGGGCAAACAUAGGCCCCGGUAAAAGAAAAGGGAACUCCUCAAUCCAUCAGAGGAAAGAUUGACCUUCGUGAGGCGGUUAUCUAAAACAGUGUUAUAAUAUAGAUUCCAAGUGUUGAAAUAAUUCCAAAGGAGAAAAUACCACAGUGAAUGCCAGAAAGUCAGAGAAGCCUUUGUGCAGGAGUGGCUUUGGAGAAAUGUCAUCCCCUGUGAUCCGGGAGGCGGAGGUGACACGGACUGCACGGAAACAGAGUGCUCAAAAAAGAGUUCUAAUUCGGGCAUCCCAAGAUGAAAUUUUUGCCAAUACUACACCAAGAAACCAGGGUAUCCCUCAAACUCCCAGCUCAUUUCGACCACCCUUUACUCCACCGAAUCGAAGCUUGCUAAGGCAGCCGGAUGUCUCCUGCAUUCUUGGAACAGGAGGGAGGUCUCCCCGGCUUACACAGUCUUCAGGGUUCUUGGGAAAUUUGUCUAUGGUGACUCACCUGGAUGACAGUAACUGGGCCGCUGCGUUCUCGUCACAGCAUCCGGGGCUCUUCACGAGCGCAGAGCCGCACAGUGUAACAGAGGACGUCACGCUCAGCGCUGUGAUGUUACGUGAGGAUGACCCCGGAGAAGCUGCAUCCAUGAGCAUGUUUUCUGAUUUCCUGCAGUCUUUUUUGAGGCACUCUUCCACUACCGUUUUUGAGCUUGUAGAAGAGUAUGAAAACAUCUGUAGUAGUCAGGUAAAUAUACUGAGUAAAAUCGUGAACCGAGCAACACCUGGACUUCAAAAGUUUUCAAAAACAGCCAGUAUGCUGUGGCUCCUUCAGCAGGAGAUGGUCACGUGGAGGCUGCUGGCUUCUUUGUAUAGAGACAGAAUACAGUCUGUUUUAGAAGAAGAGAAUAUGUUUGCAGUUACUGCUCCUAAUGCCAGUGAAAAAACAGUUGUGGAAGCGUUAUUUCAGAGAGAUUCACUUGUCCGACAAAGUCAGCUGGUGGUAGAUUGGUUAGAGAGCAUUGCCAAAGAUGAGAUUGGAGAUUUUUCCGAUAAUAUUGAGUUUUAUGCAAAAUCAGUAUAUUGGGAAAAUACUCUGCAUGCCUUAAAACAGCGGCAGCUGUCUUCUUAUAUAGGCAGUGUCCGUCCUCUUGUCACUGAACUGGACCCUGAUGCUCCCAUGAGACAGAAGAUGCCCCUUGAUGAUCUGGAUAGAGAAGAUGAAGUCAGAUUACUGAAAUAUCUUUUCACUCUAAUCCGUGCUGGAAUGACAGAAGAGGCGCAACGACUCUGUAAACGUUGUGGUCAGGCCUGGAGAGCUGCGACCCUUGAAGGCUGGAAGCUCUACCAUGACCCGAAUGUUAAUGGAGGAACAGAAUUAGAGCCUGUUGAAGGGAAUCCAUACAGAUGUAUUUGGAAAAUAAGUUGUUGGAGAAUGGCAGAAGAUGAGCUUUUUAAUAGAUAUGAGAGAGCAAUUUAUGCAGCUUUAAGUGGGAAUCUUAAGCAGCUGCUUCCUGUCUGUGACACCUGGGAAGACACAGUGUGGGCCUACUUUCGGGUGAUGGUGGACAGUCUGGUGGAACAGGAGGUCCGGACAUCAGUCAUGACUCUGGAUGAAACGGAAGAACUCCCUAGAGAGUACCUGGAAGCCAAUUGGACCUUAGAAAAGGUUUUUGAAGAACUUCAGGCUACUGAUAAAAAGAGAGUUCUGGAAGAGAAUCAAGAACAUUAUCAUAUAGUUCAAAAAUUCCUUAUCCUGGGAGACAUUGAUGGUUUGAUGGAUGAGUUCAGCAAGUGGCUUUCCAAAAGCAGAAAUAAUCUACCUGGACACCUCCUUCGCUUCAUGACUCACCUCAUUUUGUUUUUUCGAACGCUGGGACUACAGACCAAAGAAGAAGUUUCCAUUGAGGUUUUAAAGACAUACAUACAGCUUUUAAUAAAUGAGAAACAUACAAAUCUCAUAGCAUUUUACACCUGUCAUUUGCCUCAAGACCUGGCUGUUGCCCAGUAUGCGUUAUUUUUGGAAGGAGUUACAGAGUUUGAACAGCGUCACCAUUGCCUGGAAUUAGCCAAAGAAGCAGAUUUGGAUAUUGCAACUAUAACAAAAACUGUAGUUGAGAAUAUUCGAAAGAAAGACAACGGUGAAUUCAGUCAUCAUGACCUGGCCCCAUCCCUGGAUACCGGCACUACUGAGGAGGACCGUUUGAAGAUUGAUGUAAUUGACUGGUUGGUAUUUGACCCAGCACAGAGGGCGGAAGCACUAAAACAAGGCAAUGCAAUAAUGAGGAAAUUCUUGGCAUCAAAAAAGCACGAAGCUGCAAAAGAAGUAUUUGUGAAAAUUCCUCAGGAUUCUAUAGCAGAAAUCUACAAUCAGUGGGAGGAACAAGGAAUGGAAAGUCCACUUCCUGCCGAAGAUGAUAAUGCUAUCAGAGAACAUUUGUGCAUUCGAGCUUAUCUGGAAGCCCAUGAAACCUUUAAUGAGUGGUUUAAGCAUAUGAAUUCAGCUCCACAAAAACCUACUUUGACACCUCAAGCAACUUUUACUGAGAAAGUGGCUCACGAACACAAAGAAAAGAAAUAUGAAAUGGAUUAUAGCAUCUGGAAAGGGCACUUGGAUGCUCUCACUGCUGAUGUGAAGGAGAAAAUGUACAACGUCUUGUUGUUUGUUGAUGGAGGGUGGAUGGUGGAUGUUAGAGAGGAUGCUGAAGAAGACCAUGAAAGAACACAUCAGAUGGUUUUACUGCGAAAGCUCUGUCUGCCAAUGUUGUGUUUCCUGCUUCACACCAUACUGCACAGCACGGGUCAGUAUCAGGAGUGCCUGCAGUUAGCAGACAUGGUGUCCUCUGAGCGCCACAAGCUGUAUCUGGUAUUUUCUAAGGAAGAACUAAGGAAAUUGCUACAGAAGUUAAGAGAAUCCUCUCUAAUGCUCCUAGACCAGGGACUUGAUCCAUUAGGAUAUGAAAUUCAGUCAUAAUUCAUCUGCUCUUUGUAAUCUCACUAAUUUCCAUGAUAAAUGGAAUUUUUUGUAAAAUAUACAUAUUUGUAAUUACUGGGUUUUUUCUUUUGCAUUAUCAUGGGGAAAAUGUUUGUAAAAUUUAGACAUUUAAAUUUUGUACUUUUCAGAAUAUUAUGGUGACAGUGAAAAUUUAAUGUAUUAUAUCACUAUUUCUCUUUAUUAAUAAAAUUAUAUAAAAUUAAAAUUUUCUGUUCUUAGAAAUUCCAGGAUUAUCUAUUAUGUAAUAAGAAAUUAAAUUUCCUAUUAUCCCACUUUUUUCCUGUGAUCAUAAGUACUCUGUAUCUUAAAAUUAUAAAGAGGAUGGAAAGUAGGUUCAUUUUUAAGCCAGGUAUGUAAUUUGUCAUUUAUCAUAAAAUUUAGUAUUUUGUAAAUAUUACAGUGAAGAAGAUGAACAUAGCAAGAAUAUUAUUUUCUUUACUUUGAAGACAUUUCUAGUGUAUUAACUCUCAUGCAGCAGACCUGCUCUAAAAUAAGCUGAAGCGUGGAAGGACUGAGUGUAGCACCUGGCACACAGUGAGCACUGGAGACGGGGGGUACAGAGUGAGAGAGGUCGAAUCCAGCCCUCCAGCCCUCCUAGCAGGGGAAAUGCAGGUCAUCGGAACAGGAAGAAACUAUUUCCAGCUGAAAGGUCUCCAAGGAAGUAGGAUUUGGGCUGGGGUCUAAGUAAAGCACUGAAUUAGCAAAGAGAAUAAAGCACAGGAAGGUGAAGGCACUGCAGAUUAAGGAAUCGGCACGAGAAAGGCCUAGAACUGGUGAGUGCACGUCUGUGCAUCAGCAAGUGUGCCAAACGGACGAGAGCGCAGGGCUCACAAAUGGGAGAGAGCGAGACUGGGACAGAAAACAUGGUCUAGACUAGUAGCUCCCACGGCUGGCCGAUGAUCUGAAUCACCUGUGGAGUUUGUUCAGUUCCUAUUUAUAGAUGCUCCCCCUGGAGAUGUCUGGCUCAGGAGGCUGGGAUGGGGUCACGAUUUGCAUUGUUAAGUAUAAAUGCCAUGGCUGCUUCUAAUCAGCUAGGUUCGGGGCCUUCUGGCUUAAAUCAGGGGUGGGUGCUGGGUCCUGCACCCAGGGCAGCAGUCAGUCCUAACUCUGGCCUCUUGGCGUCAGCAGGGAGGAGGUGUAGAGGCAACGGGUUCUGCCUCAAGUUUGGAUUUAUGCCAGCCAAAGUGAUCCAGAGGUGAAAUGUUCAUUCAGCAAAGCCUCUUGAAUUCUUACACCUCACCAGGCGUCCAUUUAAAAAAUGAGGGAGAGCAGUAUGAACUGAUAUGGAGGGAUAACUCGAACAAAACAUGUAUGGGAUUUGUAUGCUGAAAACAACAAAAUACUGAUGAAAGAAACCACAGAAGAGCAGAAUAAAUGGAGAGACACACCAUGUUCAUUAACUGGAAGACUCAUGUAGUCAAGAUGUCAGUUCUCCCCAAAUUGUUACAAGUUGAGCACAAUUCCUAGCAAAAUUCCAGCAAGAAAACAGAUUGUCUGUUAGUUGGUAGACUGAAUUAAUAUUGAUUUUCUUAGGUGUGACAGUGGUACUGUGGCUAGGAAGGAGAGUGUCCUUAGUCUUAGGAGACGAACGCUGAAAUAUCUAGAGACUAAAGGUCGUGAAGUCUGCACUCGGAAAUGGUUUAGCUUUAACAUAAAAGUCAACAGAGAUAAAGCAAAUAGGGCAAAAUGUUAACUAAUGGAUCGAUGUGAAGGGCACAGCAGUGUUUAUUAUACUAGUCAUUCAACUUUUCUGUUGAUUUAAAACUUUCAAGAUAAAAGAUCUGGGUGGAGUUCAAUAAAUCGUGAUGGAACAACU